CGAGCUGUGUUGUUUCAUUGUGGAGACACCUAACAAAGCAACAGCCAUAUAGGCUUUACAAGAGCAAUGGAUUCUCUUCUGUCCAAACAGAUUCAGUGCUCUGUGUGUUUGGGGGAUUUCACAGAUCCAGUGAGUUUGCUGUGUGACCACACGUUUUGCAGACAGUGUAUCAGCAGUCAUUCCCACAGCAGCCGGCUCAGAUUGUGUCCGGAAUGCCGCAGACCCUACACCAUGUGGGAUCUUCGAUCCAACCGGGUCUUACGGAAUAUGGUGGAUGCGGUGAAGGAACAUUUGACCGAACAACAAGCCCAGAGGGACAUGGUUGCUUCUGGAGCACACAGCGGGGCCAUGAGACUGUUCGAGGAACCUGAGAAGCUGGUGUGCUCCGACCAUAAGGAGAGACUCAAGCUCUUCUGUGAGACAGAUCAGAAACUAGUGUGUCUGAUCUGUAGGGAUUGUGUGAAACAUCAGGGACACACGUUCAAACCUGUGGAGGAGGCAGCAGAGCCCAGGAAGAAUUCGUUGUUAGAACCCUUGAGUUUCCUCUCAAAGGAGAACGAAGACCUGGAGGCCCUUAUGAAGAAACAGACUCACGAGAUCUCUAAAACUGAGGAGAGAUCCAGACAGCUCUCUGCCCAGAUCUCUGCUCAGUUUGAGGAGAUGCAUCAGUUCCUGAAGAAAAAAGAAGAGGAGGUGAAGAAACUGUUGGAGAAAGAAGAGAAGGACAUGGUGGAAAAGAUGAAGAGAAACAGAACAGAAAUAGAGGAAAAACUGAACGAUGGAAGAGAGAAAGAAGCAAUUCUACACUCGGUCUUAGAGACAAAUCAGCCAGAUGGGUUUCUGCAGUGGUGGAUUGAGAAAGGGAUGGAAUUUGUUGAAGAAAUGAAAGAUGAAGAAAACCACAAUGAUGAAAAUAAUGAAAGUGUUUCUCAAACAACACAGUUUAAAUCAGCGGUGAAAGAUCUGAACGUGACACCUAAUAAUCUGUUUCUUGGCCUUCGUGAAACUCACUUGCAGUUUAGUGUGUGGAAAGAGAUGUUGGGUUCCAUCAAACCAGUCCCUGAUCAUAAUGUCAUAUAUGACUGUCACGACCCAUACCUGCGGGUGUCCACGGAUAGUCGCUCUGUCGUCCGCACAUCCAAAAAGGGAUUUUUUUUGCGUCACAAAGACUACAGGCCUGUGGCAAGAACCCACAAAACCUUUCAGUCAGGACAACAUUACUGGGAGGUGGACGUAGGAGGGAAGAUAGACUGGAGUGUGGGCUUUGAUGGCGGAUGUAUAAGUAACUUGAACAAAGACAUUGGACUUCACCUUAAGCAUGACCGAGGAUACUGCAUCAAAGAGUACGACACAGUGAAAGAGAUAGAUCUGACAGUGAAACCACAAAGGAUAGGGCUGUACCUGGACUGUGACAGGUGUCAGGUGUGCUUUUAUAAUGCGGAUGAUAUGACAUUACUGCACACCUCCACAUACCCUUGUGCUAUACCGUACUCGCUCAGCCUCUCUCCAGGUGCUUAUCUUGCCGGAAAGAAUGCUGAUCCACUAACAGUUACCUGGAACUGACUGAAAUGGAAAACAAUCAGACGGUUAUUUAAGAUGGUGUAGUUACCAGAGAUUGCAGAUAUAGUGAAAACAGCUAUUUAAUAUUCUGUCUAUAGGAAAUAUUAACUGCUUUAAGAAGAUAAGAAAAGCCUGUUGUAUUUACUGAACUUGUUCUCAAAUGUGCGAUUCAGCAGGUGUUGGUUUCAAAGGUGCAGUGUAUAACUUAUAUCAGUGGUUCUCAAACUGGGGUCCGGGGCCCCCAGGGGGGCCGCGAGAUGGUGCCAGGGGGGCCCCAGUUUUAUGACAUUUUAUAAAAUACAUUAAUUUAUCAUGAAUUCUGUGAAAUUAAACCUAAAAAAAAUAAGGCAGCACUACUUUGCAUAAUUUAAUGUUGUGUCUAAUUAAAAUGUGAAGUUUUAGAACUGUUUUUUUGUGAUAAAUUUUCUUUGGGGGGGCCGCGAAGGAAUGCACUGUACACAAAGGAGGCCGCACGCUGAAAAGUUUGAGAACCCCUGACUUAUAUAAUGAUCUCUUUACAGAAAUGCAAUAUAAUAUACAUAAAUAUAUUAUCAGUGUAUAAAGACCUUACAUAGUAAACUCUACUGUUUUUU